UUUCACAACAAACUUGAGUUUCGUUCUCUCUAUAAGUCGUAGGUUUCAUGUUCUUUGAAUCCCCUCUGCCCAAACCUCAUUUUUCCCCCAUUAUUUUAUUAUUGCUCUGUCUCGAUCUCUUCAAUCUACCGCGUAUUUAAUUACGCAAAACACAGAGUCAGAGAAUAUAUACAAAUAUAUACAUACAUAUGUACGGCCUCAUCACAUACAUACAUACAUAUCUGUGUGUAUGUAUAUGUUUGAAACUCGGAAGGACUCUGUUCCAAGCUCUUAUAUAAUAAUUACAGAAAGAAUCUGAUUAGAGAGGUUUAACUUCGCCGAUUUUGUGGCUCGUUUGAGCUUUUGGGUUCGGAGGGAUUCAUGGAAAUGUGGGAUCUGAACGAUUCGCCGGAUCACUACGAAUCGGAGGAGGGCUGCUCCACCCCUGCUGCCGACGGGGAUGAUGACAAGGGGAAACGGGUCGGAUCCGGUUCCAAUUCGAGCUCGUCGGCGGUGGUCGUCGAGGACGCUUCCGAAGAGGAAGAAGACGAGGAAGUGAACGAGGACGACGGGGGAAAGGGCCGGAGUGAAAGAGACGCGGCGCCGGGUAAAAUCUUUGGGUUUCCGGUGGGGGCCGGUCCGGGUCACGGCAGCUUCUCGCCGGUGACACGGCAGUUCUUCCCCGUCGAUGAGUCAGAAAUGGUCGCCGAAUCCGGCGGCGACAGGUCGCUCCAUUUGCCGAGGGCUCACUGGGUCGGAGUCAAAUUUCGCCAGUCCGAAUCCCACGCCGCCGCAGGCGGCGGCACGACGGAGAAGCCGCCGUCUCUGGAGGGCUUCGCGCAGCAGCCGAUGAAGAAGAGCCGCCGCGGGCCACGGUCGAGAAGCUCCCAAUACCGGGGCGUCACAUUUUACCGGCGAACCGGCCGGUGGGAGUCUCACAUAUGGGAUUGUGGGAAACAAGUCUAUCUAGGUGGAUUUGAUACCGCACACGCAGCUGCUCGCGCAUACGAUAGGGCGGCAAUAAAAUUCCGGGGAGUGGAAGCGGACAUAAAUUUUAGUCUGGAGGAUUACGGAGAAGACUUAAAACAGAUGAACAAUUUAACAAAGGAAGAAUUUGUUCAUGUGCUGCGGAGACAAAGCACUGGGUUUCCCAGGGGGAGUUCAAAGUAUAGAGGCGUCACUUUGCAUAAAUGUGGUAGAUGGGAAGCUAGAAUGGGCCAGUUCUUGGGCAAAAAGUAUGUGUAUUUGGGUCUUUUUGAUACAGAAAUUGAAGCUGCCAGGUACGUACCCCUAGCUACUAGCUACAAUAUCUUCUUUUUUAAUACUUAUUAGAUACUCUGAUAAGAUUGGUAUUGUCACAAAUAUUUUAAUGUGGUGGUUUAAGGUACUUGAUUUAUGGCCUAGCGUGACAUACUAUGUUACCAUACCCCUACUGCUAGACGUACCGUACACUAGACACAUAUUGGAGUUGUACUUUAAUUAAUUAAUUAUUAACGCGUGAGAUUCUUUCCUGAAAGGUCAAACUUGUUGAAGGACUAGUCCAAAUCCUCAUUCUUAUACUCCCUCUAUUCCCCAUAGAUCUUCCCAAUAGUCCUUUUUCUUUGUCCACAAUAGAUCUUCUCAUUUCAUUUUUUAACAAGUAAAAUACCACAACCACCCCCACCUACUUUAUUUAUUACACCUCACCCACCUCAUUUAAUAUACUCCAGUCAUUUUUCAUUAAGGGUAUUAUGGUAAACUUUCACCUUUUUUCAACUCUUCUUAAAAACACCAAAAGUCAAAAUGAGAACAUCUUAGGGGGACGGAGGGAGUAUUAGGGACUGGUUUCAUUGGACCGUUCGUUGACUAAGUUUAUUUUUAAAGAAGUAAUCUAAAUUGAUUGAAUUUUGACUCCAUAAUAAUAAGUGUGCAAAUAAACUGGGACAGAGUAA